AUGAAUCUCCAUUUCAUGCUGUUUUUUAAAACUAUGUAAAAAAUACUACAUAUGGUUUUCAAAGCUACUCAGCUUUUCUGUGCUUGAGUUUUCUUUUGAUCUCUACUAUGCACUUUUAAUUUUUUUUCUCUCACCCUACACUAGAGAAGGACACCAUUACAGAGACACAGACACACACGUGGGUAUAAAACCAUACUAUAUAUGAUUUUAUUUAAUAGUUUUUUCUCUGAAGUUGGAUAGCAUCUUCCUUCCUAAGUCCUUUGAAGUUGAUUUGAGUAUAUAUACUUAAAAUAAUUUAGUCCUUCACAGUAGUUCUUCGAACAACAUUCAUGCUAUUUGUAUGCAAACAAUCUCUUGGUUAUGCUCAUAUCACUCAAUUAUUUCAUGCAUACAUGAUUUAAAAUUCUUCAUCUUUUGAGCCCCAGUCACCUGAGCAAACCGCCAAUUAAGGAAGAGAUCCAAAGACAAGAUGAAAUCUUUAUUUGAGCAUGAAUUGUAUUUAAGUGAGGCAGAACUUCCUUAAGUCAUCAACUUCCCUUUCUCUUCCAUUCACCGAAGUCCAGCAGAACGAGGUAGUCCAAGGAUGCAGUGGAUGACUUGGGCCUUUCUAAAUUAAGGUCAGGCCUCAGUUUGUCAAGUAAGGACUGAAAAUUUAAGGGCUAUCCAGUACUUAAUAGGUGGAAGUUUCUGAGUCUGGUUUCUUUCUUCAUUUUAUUUACACUUCUUUUUACAAUUCCUCAAUUUCUAUAUAUUGUAUCUUUUUCCAGUACAGCAAGCCAUCCCUUACAAUAAAGAAAAAAGAAAAAAGCUCAGCAAAACUAACAUAGCAACUAAACCUGACGGCGUUCGCAUGGUUCAGAGCCAUGCUCAGCAAGCUCCUUCUCUAGAAAGGGUUUCCAAAACUCUCGCCUUUCCACAGAAUUCGCCUGCAGGUGGUCCCUUUAACUGAGCUCCCCCCUAGAUUAGGAGCACCACGAGACCGGCGCUCUUCCUCCGCCUUCCUCUGGGAAGAGCCAAUUGCAGCCCUCUCUCUGCAGGGGCUCGCCCCAGACUUGGACAAGAAGGCCUUCCCCCGAGCUGGGCGAGUGCCUGGGGGGAAAGCAUGAUCCUGAAGCUCCCUAGCCAGGGAGCUGGAAGUCCGAGCCCAAGUCACCGCAGGAGAAAGCCCACGGUCAGUGGCCCCGCCCCCGGCCCGCCCCCGGCCUUCCAGCCCCCUCCUCCUCAGUUGUGCCCUGCUUUCCCCUCCCCUGCUAGUUAAGGCCGGUGCGAAGUUGGCUGGGGGCGCUUAGUCUAUCGCGUCGAGCAGUCUGCCGGGCCGGCCCUCCGCGCACGCGCACUCCGGCUGCUCCUCCGCUCGCCCGUCCCCUCCGGGGUCCGGGCCGCCUUCCAUCGCCCCGGCGCCGCCCGCGACAUGCGGGACUACGACGAGGUGACAGCCUUCCUGGGCGAGUGGGGACCCUUCCAGCGCCUCAUCUUCUUCCUGCUCAGCGCCAGCAUCAUCCCCAAUGGUUUCAAUGGCAUAUCUGUGGUGUUUCUGGCGGGGGUCCCCGAGCACCAGUGCCGGGUGCCCGCCUCGGCGAACCUGAGCAGCGAGUGGAGAAACCACAGUAUUCCGCGGCAAAUGCAGGACGGCCGCGAGGUGCCCAGCAAGUGCCGGCGCUACCAGCUCGCGGCUCUGGCCAACUUCUCGGCCCAGGGGCUGGUGCCCGGCAGAGACGUGAACCUGAGUCAGGUGGAGCUGGAGCCCUGUCUGGACGGCUGGGAGUACAGCCGGGACACGUACCUGUCCACCAUCGUCACCGAGUGGGACCUGGUCUGUGAGGAUGACUGGAAAGCUCCAUUAACUACCUCCUUAUUUUUUGUGGGUGUGCUUGUCGGAUCCUUUAUUUCAGGACAGCUCUCAGACAAGUUUGGCCGGAAGAAUGUUCUCUUUGUGACGAUGGGAAUGCAGACGGGAUUUAGUUUCCUACAAGUCUUCUCCACAAGCUAUGAGAUGUUCUCAGUACUAUUUGUCCUUGUGGGCAUGGGACAGAUAUCUAACUAUGUGGCUGCUUUUGUUCUUGGAACAGAAAUUCUGGGCAAAUCAGUUCGAAUAAUAUUCUCCACCUUGGGAGUUUGCAUAUUUUAUGCAAUUGGCUAUAUGCUCCUGCCUCUGUUUGCUUAUUUCAUCCGAGGAUGGAGGAUGUUACUACUGGCCCUAACCUUGCCAGGGUUGCUGUGUAUUCCUCUCUGGUGGGUCAUUCCUGAGUCCCCCAGAUGGCUGCUGUCUCAGGGAAGGUUAAAAGAGGCAGAGGUCAUCAUCCAAAAGGCUGCAAAAAUCAAUGGGAUCGUUGGGCCAUCGAUAAUAUUUGAUCCUCUGGAGUUGCAAGACCUGAAUUCUCGGAAGCAACAAUCCCAUAGUAUUUUGGACCUACUUCGAACCCAGAACAUCCGGACUAUCACCAUCAUGUCUAUAAUUCUGUGGAUGACAAUAUCAGUGGGCUAUUUUGGCCUUUCACUUGACACUCCAAACUUACACGGGGAUAGCUACGUGAACUGCUUCCUCUCUGCUGUGAUCGAAGUCCCUGCAUACAUUAUUGCUUGGCUGCUCUUACGGACCCUGCCCCGGCGGUAUUCCAUGUCAUCUGCCCUUUUUCUGGGCGGCAGUGUUCUUCUCUUCAUACAACUAGUACCCCCAGAUUUAUACCUCUUGUCAACUACCUUGGUGAUGAUCGGAAAGUUCGGGAUUACCUGCGCGUUUGCCAUGGUGUACGUGUACACAGCUGAGCUCUAUCCCACAGUGGUCAGGAACAUGGGUGUGGGAGCCAGUUCCAUGGCUUCUCGACUGGGCAGCAUCUUGUCUCCUUAUUUUGUUUACCUCGGUGCCUAUGACCGAUUCCUGCCUUACAUCCUCAUGGGGAGUCUGACCGUCCUGACAGCCAUCCUUACCUUGUUCCUCCCAGAGAGCUUCGGGAUCCCUCUCCCAGAUACCAUUGAUCAGAUGCUGAGGGUCAAAGGAAUAAAAUACAGACACACUCCCAGCAGCAACAGCACUGACACAAGGAUAUUAAAAGAAGGAGAAGAGAGACACACAGUCCUUAAAACCACAGCCUUUUAGUGAAGCCUGUAUUCAGUAAGAAAUUGCAAAAAACUUUUCUAUGAGGGCUUAUGAAAACACUGAAUGUCCUGGGUGUUAAAACAUCCUGGUAUUUAUGACAUUGAACCCAUUUCUCUCUUGUUUGUUAAGUUGGCACAUAGACGCUGUCCUUAGAGAAAUCAAGACCCAGGUUGCUUUAAAUAUCAGAAUGGAUUUGGCUUCUCUCAAGAAGUACUAGAAUUAAUGGGUAUUUGAAUGGAUCUGGGGGUGAUAUACUAAAUUUACAGAGUAAAUUUGAGAUUUUCUGGAAAAAAGGCCACUAAUAAAAUUGAAUAUUUAUUUUUCUUCCUUUCUUCAUUUGCUGAGAGAUGGUAAUUUUGCUUGUCUUGUUUUCCUGUGUUCCCAAGGAAUACUUAACCAGGCUUGUUUCCCAAGGGCUAAAGAAAGUACAGAGACUGAGAAAAUUUGAAUGUUAGAGUGGAAAUGGAUUUUAUUAUAUAGAAUGGCAACAUCCUUGCAGCAGUUUACCAGCAGAAUUUCUCUGAUUACUCAGUACAGUUAGUGGGGUGAUCAAAUUAGGACUGGACUUAUCCAGACCCACAUAAAAUAAAACAUCAUAACUCUGCACUUUUUCCCCAUUGUUAAAUAAGUCAAACCUUUAAUGUUGCUCCGAGAUCAAUGGUUAUAGUUAUGGUUGUUAUUGUUUUCCUAGUAGAAACACAGACUAUGUUGAGGAGAUUAGGGAGAGAAAAAUAGAUUAAUAUCUGUUUUCUCAAAGUCUUGAAAUUUUUCUUGCAGAGUAUAGAGAGGACAACUUUUUUCCCUUCAAAUUAUAUUUGGAAAAGGGGGCUAACUAGUCUCUAAAUUUCAUCCAUCUAUGCCCAGCUACAAAUAAACUGGAUGUAAGUAAAUAUUUGCUAGAAGCCAAUACUACUAGCACUUGUAUAGAUGCCAAAAGUGACGACAUGGGGUGCUUUCCUUUUCUGAUCUCUAUCAUGGAAAAAAUGACUAAGACUGUGGAUGUGAUUCGAGUUUCUCCUAUUAGAUUAUAGGUGUGAGUAUAACUACCCAUCUAAGUAACAGAGGUACUUACUUAAGUCGUGUGACAACCAUAGUUGAAACUUAUUGGGGGGUAAGAGGGUAGGAGGGUAGUAAGCUUUCUAUUUGUCUUCUUUUUUCCCCUUGAUUCUAUUGUCAUGGUACUACUAAAGCAUAUUCUUCACCUGGUCAUAAAUGCAUUUUUGUGAAAACUACUGUGAUAUCUUAGGGAUAUAAGAAACUUUAAUAAACAAUUUUUUUAAGUGUUA